AUGUGGCCCCAAACUUUGAUCCAACAAGGUCAAGAUGGAUCGAUUGCACGUGGUGAAGGUCGGUGCGAACAUUCUAAAAAAGCUAAUAACCAGUAUGUCGAAUCUCUACAAGUUGACAACGAAAUGUGUGACGCGAGUCUUGCAAUGAGAUAUUGCCACGAGAAGACUACUUGCAGACAACUAAUUAAGAACUAUUGGCCAGGUUUAAGAUGGUCGGUUACAUUGAAAAGCAAUGGAGAAACCAUAAUGGAGAAGAAAGUACAGCAGGGGAUCCUCCAAGGUGAUCUCAAACUCCUUGCCACCGACGAGGAUAUCAUGAAAGCUGUGGUUGAAGAAGUCCAGAAAUUUUUUGAAGUAGUAGAGUUAGAGGUGUAUUCAGCAAAAUCAGCCACUGAUAAUGAGAUAUACGACGAUAAGGCGAUGCUUUAA